ACCCUCUGGGCCUCCGUAAGGCGCUCUUUCAUCCUGGCACUUUACCUUCAUCCUGGUACCUCGAAAGUCCCCGGACCAAAAACAGGAAGUGCAGGAUGAGCUCGGCAGCAGAAGAAGAACCGGCAGCUUUAGAAAGCGUGAAGCCCGUCACGUUAACUCAGGACAGUGAUGGGAGCAUCAUCCUACACUGUCCUUCAAACGACGCUGAGUCGGAGCCUCUGAACAAGAAGAUGCGAGUGUCUUCUGAAGACAGUCUGGAGACGCCGCAGUUCUCCGUCGUCACCAUGUCUGAGAGCGACGACAGCUUCGAGGUGACGAUGACGGCCACGGCAGAGGGCGACCUCCCCGAGGAAGGGGUCACCGAGAUCGAGGUAGAUGUGAUGUUUUUAUCUUUUUCUGCUCUAUCUUCAGGUCACAGGUGGAAGCAGGGAAUGUGGUCCAAGGAGGAGAUAAACAUCCUGAUCGACAACAUCGACCAGUACAUGAGGCGCCGCGGCAUCCAGGAUCCAGCCGAGAUCAUUUUUGAGAUGUCUAAAGAGGAGAGGAAGGAUUUCUACCGCUCUGUGGCGCUGGGCCUGAACCGGCCGCUCUUCGCCGUCUACAGGAGAGUUUUACGGAUGUAUGACGACAGAAACCACGUCGGCAAGUACACCGCAGAGGAGAUCGAGAAGCUUAAAGCGUUGAGGGAAAAACACGGGAACGACUGGGCGACCAUCGGAGCCGCCCUGGGGCGCAGCGCCUCCUCCGUCAAAGACCGCUGCCGUCUGAUGAAGGACACGUGUAACACGGGUAAAUGGAGCGAGGAGGAGGAGCGGCGUCUCGCCGAGGUCGUCUACGAGAUGGCGGGCGUGUCGCCGGGGUCGGCGGUGACGGCCGGCGUCUCCUGGGCAACGGUCGCAGAUCGAGUUCGCACGCGCUCAGAGAAGCAGUGCCGAUCGAAGUGGCUGAACUACCUGAACUGGAAGCACAGCGGGGGGGCGGAGUGGACGAAGGAGGACGACCUGAACCUCCUGCGCAGGAUCUCCAUGGUGAAGGCGGAGGACGAGAACGACAUCAAAUGGGAGGAUCUGGCGUGGGGGUGGAGCAGCGUGCGGUCGCCUCAGUGGCUGCGGUCCAAGUGGUGGAGCAUCAAAAGACAAGUCGCCAACCACAAAGACAUCCCCUUUAGCAUCCUCCUGAAGGGCCUGGAGGAGCUGAUGACGUCUUCACACGCCGCGUCUCUACCUGGAAGCCCCUCCUCUUCCUCGCUCCAGAUCCGACUCGCCCGCUUGGACGAGAGCAGCAGCUGCAGCCCCGCCCCCGGCUCCUUGGCGGCGCUGCAGAUUCCAGUCCAGAUCCCGCUGCAGAUCACCCACCUGUCAGCUUCAGACUCGGCCGCGGCUGCAGACGGAGACGCCAUCGCUCUGAACUCUGGAGCGCUGCAGACCUUCGAGAUCCUGCCGUCCUUCCACCUGCAGCCCACAGGCACCCCAGGAACCUACUACCUCCAGACAACGUCCAACCAGAGCCUCCCUCUCAGCUUAUCCAAUAACAGCACUGUAACCCUGACGACAAGCUCCUCCCCCUCCCCCCAGGAGCACAUCAUCCUUCACAGUCUGUCGACCGACGGCCUCUGCUCCGGAGACGGCGUCAUCAUCCAGACCGUCUCCUCUGACCCCGCCUCCUCAGAACCGCAGCUGGUUGUGGAGACGGAGGAGGAGGGGCAGGACCAGCACCUCAAUGUGGCAUCUCUCCUGGAAGACUCGGAGGCCGUCGUCAUGACGACUGAGUCAGUAGCUGAAGUUUAUGCAGAGAAGGCUGCAGCGGUGGAUUCUGGGAUGCCGUCUGGCAGCGAGGUACUCAUCGCAUCACCUCCCAACAUCAGCAGCACCCUGACAGAUCCCAUCCUGGAGAACCAGGAAGGUUCUGACUGAAGUGGAAGAACCAGAGGACGACCCGAAGAGUUGAACCGUGAGUCUCUGGUGCCUCCUCUGUGUUGAAGGACGACGUUUUUAACUGAAGCUUGAAGCUUCGCGGGGAAUCCCUGCUUGAAAUGUGAACGAACAUUUGACCCGGAAAGCUGAAGCUGAUGAACUUUGGGACUUUAUAUAUGAGGGUAAAAAAAUCUAUUAAUCAUGACAACUUGUUUGCUGAUGA